AUGCACGACGGAGACCAGCAGCAGCAACAGCAGCAACAGCUGCAUCUGCAGCGACAGGCGAAGCAGCAGCAGCAGCGCAGCGAGCAACAGCAGCACCAGCAGCUGCAGCACCAACACCCCCCUCAGCAGCAGCAGCAGCAGCAACCGCAGCAGCAGCAGCAACAGCAGCAGCAGCAGCAGCAGCAGCAGCAGCAGCGGCAUGGCUGCGUGUCUCUUCAGUUAAGCUCUGUCUCUUACCGGCAGCAGGAGGAGUGGAUGCAGCAGGAUUGGUUGCAGCCGCAGCAGCAGCGGCAGCAGCACGAGCUGCAGCACCAGCAGCAGCAGCACCAACACCAGCAGCACCAGCAGCAGCAGCACCAGCAGCAGCAGCAGCAGCAGCACGAGCUGCAGCAGCACCAGGGUACAGAUGCAGCAGCAGGGGGCCCCUCGCUGAAGGCUCGCCUUCCCUGGCCUGCAGCAAACACCCGCGGGUGGGAGGCAAUCGAGGCACAUCGCGAUGGAGGGAGAUAA